ACAAAAUUGAAUCCUAUCAGUGUUCGUGGUAAAAUGGCAGAAGCCAGAGUUGCAGUGGAUGUAAACGAGUUCAGCUGUGCAGUCUGUCUGGAUCUACUGAAGGAUCCAGUGGCUAUUCCCUGUGGACACAGUUACUGUAUGAGCUGCAUUAAGAACUGCUGGGAUCAGGAGGAUCGUCUUGGAGUUUACAGCUGCCCCCAGUGCAGACAGACCUUCAUACCCAGACCUGUUCUGGGCAGAAACACCAUGCUGGCUGAAGUGGUGGAGAAACUGAAGAAGACUGGACUACAAGCAGCUGCUCCUGCUGACCAGUAUGCUGGACCUGGAGAUGUGGAGUGUGACGUCUGUACUGGGAGAAAACACAAAGCUGUCAAGUCCUGCCUGGUGUGUCUGGCCUCCUACUGUGAAACUGACCUGCAGCUUCACAAUAAACUCCACCAUGCAAAACAGCACAAACUCAUUGAUGCCACUGGCCAUCUGAAGGACAAGGUCUGUUCCCACCAUGACAAACCCCUGGAGGUCUACUGCCGUACCGACCAGCGGUGUAUCUGUCUGCUGUGUGUGAUGGAUGAACACAGAGGCCAUGAUACAGUCUCAGCUGCUACAGGAAGGGCGGAGAUACAGAAACAAAUGGGUGAAACACAGAGGGAAUUUCAGCAGAGAAUUCAGAUGAGAGAGAAGGAGCUGCAGGAGCUGAGAGAGGCUGUGGCCUCAUUCACAAGCUCAGCACAGUCAGCAGUGGAGGAGAGCGAGAGGAUCUUCGCUGAGAUGAUUCGCUCCAUUAAGAGAAGACGCUCUGAGGUGACAAAGCUGAUCAGAGAUCAGGAGAAGGCUGUAGUGAGUCAGGCUGAAGGAGACAUGGAGAGACUGAAGCAGGAGAUUGAUGAACUGAAGAGGAGACACUCUGAGCUGGAGCAGCUUUCACACACAGAGGAUCACAUCCAUUUCCUCCAGAGGCGCCAGGCUCUUCCUGUCACUCCUAAAGCUGGAUUUGGACCCAGAAUCUCUGUCAGUCCAAGACCUGAUUUUGGGAAUUUGAGGAAGGCGGUUUCUGAGCUGAAAAAUCAACUGGAGAAUGUUUGCAGAAUGAAAAUGGCAGAGAUCCAUCACCCAGUUACCAAAGACACCGUCCUACCGGUAUUAGUGCCCAGGACCAGAGCAGAAUUCUUACAAUACUCCUGCCAGCUGACGCUGGACCCCAACACAGCAAACAGCCGCCUGUCUCUGUCAGAGGGGAACAGGAAGGUGACAUUAGGGGCAGAGCAGCCAUAUCUUGAUCAUCCAGAGAGAUUUGACUGCUACCUCCAAGUUCUGUGCAGAGAGAGUCUGACUGGUCGCUGUUACUGGGAGGCUGAGUGGAGUGGAAAUGGAGCCCUGAUAGCAGUGACUUAUAAAGGAAUCGGGAGGAAAGGAGGGAGUGCUGACUGUGGGCUUGGAUUCAAUGACAGGUCAUGGAUGCUGAUCUGCUCUCCUUACGGUUACUCUGUCCGGCACAAUAAUAAACAGACUGUCAUACCCAUAAAGCCCUCAGGCUCUCGCAGAGUAGGAGUGUAUCUGGACCAGGCGGCUGGUACUCUGUCCUUCUACAGAGUCUCCUCUGAUGGACUGACCCUCCUGUACAGCUUCACCUCCUCAUUCACUGAACCCCUCUAUCCAGGGUUUAGGCUUCAUUAUCCAAACUCUUCCGUGUGGCUGUGCAUGCUGGGAUAG